AUGAAGAAGUUCGGCUUCGGAAAGAAGUCUGACGGGGACGACGCCUCCGUCAAGUCUGGAUCGAGCGGCCGCUUUGGACGAAAGAAAGACUCCUCUCAAGACGACAAUCCAUAUGCCCAGACCUCCUCUCCAGACCCCUACGCAGCGCCGAUGACUCCAUAUCAACAAGCCAGAGCCGGUCUGCCCAGCGGUCCCCGUGUUGGUGCCCCGAAUGGCUUGCCGAGCGGACCUGGCCCUAGAGGUUCCAACGGCCCUCCUCCCCCAUACUCCAGCACUGGAUCGUCCGGCAGUGGCUAUGGCGCCGAGAAGUUUGGUGCUGCGGGUGGCUACGGCAGCAACCGAUACGACGAUAAUGCCAGUGCUUAUAGUGCGAAUUCGUCAAUCGGCUCCAGGGGCCCCGGAGGUUAUGGCGGCCUUGGUCGCACGGAUACGAUGGACGGUGACGACAACCGAGGUGCUUUGUUCGGUGGAGCCAAGGAUAGGUACCAGCCUCCACGACAGGGUCAGCCUCAGAACGCAGACGCAUACGGACAGAGUAGCGGCGCUGUCGCGGGGCCCUCGUCAUUAGGCGGGGGUUAUGGGGACGAUUCAAACAAAGCUCAACUCCUCGAUGGUGCAAAGGACAGAUAUGCUCAACAGCCACGCCGCGACUAUGGACAUGCUAGCUCCUCUAAUGACGAGAGCUACGAUGGGUAUGGUGCACCGCGAGAGCUGACGGCCGAAGAGCAGGAGGAGCAAGAUAUACAGAAUUUGAAGCAAGAGAUCCGUGACACGAGGAACGCUUCGAAGGACAGCACGUUGCGCACGCUUCAGAUAAUGCACGCAGCGCAGGAGCAAGCCCGCGGGACAUACGCUCGAAUUGGUGCUCAGGCCGAGCGCCUCCACAAUACGGAAAAGAACCUGGAUCUCGCCUCUAAUUACAACAAGGUUGCUGAGGACAGGACAAAGGAGCUGAAGACCUUGAACCGUAGCAUGUUCGCAGUUCAUGUGGCCAAUCCUUUCACCGCUAAGGAUAGAAAAGCAGCUCGUGACGCUGAGGUCUUAGAUCGACAUCGCAUGGAAAGGGAACAGCGAGAGGCCACCCGCCGAGACGCAUAUAAUACUACCCAGCGGAUGGAAGACAGCUUCAAGAACCUCAAUAAGACGAAACAGCUCGGCCAUAGUUCCGACCGAGCAGCUGAGAGGUCGAAGUUUUUGUUUGAGGAAGAGGAUGACCCCGAUGCCGAAGUUGUCGAAGGUCAAAUAAAGAACAAUAUCAAAGCGAUAGGUGCUGGUGUUGGUGUCCUCAACGAAAUUGCUCGUGAUAUGGGCAACGAGCUUGAGCGACAGAAUGUCCUCAUCGAUCGCAUUGCCAUGAAGAGCGAUGCCGUGGACGAUGGAGUAAGAAUGAACAGAGAGAAGCUCAGUCGCAUUAGAUGA